CCCUCGCCCGCAAACCCAAACACUCCCGGCUGCUGGUGCACGUGAUCUCCCAGUAGUCGCUCGGGCAGAGAUGUUGCUGCUGGCCGCCGCCGGCCUCGUGGCCUUCGUGCUGCUCCUCUACAUGGUGUCGCCGCUCAUCAGCCCCAAGCCCCUCGCGCUGCCCGGCGCGCACGUAGUGGUCACAGGAGGCUCCAGUGGCAUUGGGAAGUGCAUUGCUAUUGAGUGCUACAAACAAGGAGCAUUUAUAACUCUGGUUGCACGAAACGAGGACAAACUACUGCAGGCGAAGAAAGAAAUUGAAAAGCACUCUAUUAACGAUAAACAGGUGGUGCUGUGUAUCUCAGUUGAUGUGUCUCAAGACUAUAACCAAGUGGAGAAUGUCAUAAAGCAGGCACAAGAGAAGCUGGGUCCUGUGGACAUGCUGGUCAACUGUGCAGGCACCUCGAUGUCAGGAAAGUUUGAAGAACUUGAAGUUAGUAGUUUUGAGAAAUUAAUGAGCAUAAAUUACCUGGGCAGCGUGUACCCCAGCAGGGCAGUAAUCACCACCAUGAAGGAGCGACGGGUGGGCAGGAUUGUGUUCGUGUCCUCUCAGGCCGGACAGCUGGGGCUGUUUGGUUUCACGGCCUACUCUUCAUCCAAGUUUGCCAUAAGAGGAUUGGCAGAAGCUCUGCAGAUGGAGGUGAAGCCUUAUAAUGUGUAUGUCACUGUGGCCUACCCACCAGACACUGACACCCCAGGGCUGGCUGAGGAAAACAAAACGAAGCCUCUGGAGACCCGGCUUAUCUCAGAGACCACAGCUAUUUGCAAACCAGAGCAGGUGGCCAAACAAAUUGUCAAAGAUGCUAUACAAGGAAAUUUCAACAGUUCUAUUGGCUCAGAUGGGUACAUGCUGUCCUCCCUGACCUGUGGGAUGGCCCCUGUGACUUCCAUCACUGAAGGACUCCAGCAGGUGGUCACCAUGGGCCUUUUCCGAACAAUUGCCUUGUUUUACCUUGGAAGUUUUGAUAAUAUAAUUCGCCGCUGCAUGGUGCAGAAAGCAAAACCUGAAGUUGUAGACAAAACUGCCUAAAUCUUGCCCCUUGGAUGAAAGACUGAAUCCAGUGAUUUGAACAGUGUGCUGCUAAUGGAACACAAGUUUUGGCCUCCAGACUUUUGUGUCUUGUUUUUGAAUGUGAGAUUGGACCCCGUGCUCUUCAGAAAUCUGGCUGUAAACAGAGGGACAUGAGGCCAUCUCUACAACUGUUAACACUAUGCAAAUAUGAACCAGGACACCUUUGAUUUUCUGGGCUUUAGGGGUGAUAGUGUGAGAACUAAUAACAGGAAAACAGGGUAAAGAAUAGCAUUCCAGAACAGUAAAUUCAGCUUUUUGGUUAUUCUCCCAUCCUGCCCAUAGAUAUCAAGAAAAAAUGUACUUUGUGGCAUUUCUGAGGUUUUUUUUUGUUUGUUUUGUUUUGUUUUGUUUUUUUGUUUUGUUUUGUUUUUGAUUUGGGGUUUUAACUUUUCAUGAAAGAUGGUCUAGGUUUUUAUUAGUCUUUUUUUCUUUUUUGUAAUUUUUUUUUACUGUAUGUUAUUCAAGGUGUGUCUUCCAAGUAGGCCUCUCAGCAUGUCCCGCUGUGCCUGGGACUCUUCUGCUGGUGAAGCUGGUUUCUCUCUCUUUGAUCCCAUAGAGUUCGAGGGGGAUGAGAGAGCAGCACAGAGGAAGGCAAGGGAUGAGUCCUUUGUGAUGGCAAACUGGGCUUUCUUGUCUUCUUAGACUGAUGCUUACAACGGUUUAAGUUUUAUUCAUGGGAAAGGCAGCCUCUUUACAUGUUCUCUGAAGAGAAAUAAAAUCUGAUAGAAGCUUAAAAGUUUACAGUUUCUUCAGUAGCCAUGGUGACCUGAAGUUCACAUUCCAUUUCAGCUCAGUUUCUAGUGCUUCUUAUCGCUCUUCCUAGUUCUGCUUAUGCUACUGUAUUAUUUUUGUAAAAGAAGGAAGAAAAAAGAGAUGGAGAUCGGUGCAAAUGUUUUUGACUUGACUUUUUAAAUUCAUGAAUUCAUUAAAAUAAACAAAAGCAUGA